AUGGCAGGCGCGCGAGGAAGGUCGCAUAAGAGCGCGGAGUCGGCUACUCCGAGGCGCUCAACGCGAAAUGCAAAAAUAGCGCAGGGGGAUGAAGGCGUGCCAGCCGUCUUCCAAGAAAUGCUGCGCGAAGAGCAAACGUCAAAAGCUACUAGCGCAGACGAGAAGGAACCACCACUGAAGAAGAGAAGGACAGCGCCUCCACGAAGAGAACCAAGCCCCGAGCACUUUGUUGAGCCAUUAAGACAACAGGGACCGAUUACCGGUGCUCCCGAACUACCAUUACCCACGCCGUCUCAGACCAAACAUGCUGCAUCACAGUCCCAGAUGCCGUCGCACACGCGAUCGCGGCCCACCGCUCCAGCCCAAUCUAUCGUUGACGAAGAACCACGUACGAGCGAACGAGUGCGACAGACCAUCAUCGACUCGGACGAGUCAGAUGACAGCGAUAUGGAAUGGGAAGAUGCGCUUGCCGACGGCGAUGAUACCGAUGAUCCUGAUGAAGGUGUCGAAGCUGUACCCCAGAUUGGUGACAUCUCUAUUACCAUGGGAGCCAAAAAGACUGAGGACCCCGGGACAAAGAGGAAAGUGCGUCGACGGGCAAUAACAUCGGUUGACAAGAAGCGACGUCUGGAUAUUCACAAGAUGCAUAUUCUUUGUCUACUCUACCAUGUCCAUCGCAGAAAUGCGUGGUGUAACGAUAGGAGAGUGCAGAGCACAUUACGCAAGAUCGUGCCUCCCAAGACCUUGUCCAACCUGGUACCAAAUCCCGACUUGUCACAAUACUCGGCUUCGAAACACUUCAUAGAUGGCAUGAACGAGCUGAAGGUGCUGUGGUCGAAACGAUUUAGAAUCACGGCGCAAGGCAUGUACAAGCCUAGGUGGGCGGAGGUUGAAGCCGCUAUCCGACCCUUCUCGGACUUUGAUGACCUUGAUGACCCGAUGGACAAGGACGAAUUCCGUACCGCAGCACAUACCUUGCAGGGGUCUCAGGAUGUAGGAACGCAACUGUUUUGCGCUCUUCUUCGUGGUAUCGGAAUCGAGGUCAGACUCGUCUGUUCUCUACAGCCGUUGCCCUUCUCAUCUGCAGCUGAGCGAGCCACCCCGCAAAAGUCGAGCGCUCAGAAGAAUACAAUUGUUGUCGAUCCGUACAACAAGCCGGCAGAGCCAAGCCCGACAAAACCCAAGUCACAGGGUCCGCGUAACAAGAAGCUAUCGAGACUCGAGCGUGUGAUGGGCGAGCGGCAUGCCGUCCUUAACAAGACAGGUGUAUCACCCAAGAAGCAGAAAGCCUAUCACACACCGUAUCCCGUGUACUGGGUUGAAGCACUUAACCCUGCGUACCAAAAGUGGGUACCAAUCGAUACACAUUCUACAUUCACCGUCAACUCGCCUGAGAAACUAGAGCCGCCACUUAACUUUGCUCAGAAUAGUCUCUCCUACGCGAUAGCGUUUGAUGAAGAUUAUACUGCGAAAGACGUCACCCGAAGAUACGCGAAAGCAUACAAUGCCAAGACGCGAAAAUACCGCGUUGAAAGUACCCCUGAUGGAGUCAGAUGGUGGAGACGCACGAUGAAAUUCUUCGAGCGUGCAGCAACUCUUGACAGAGACCAGAUGGAAGACGCUACUUUGGCCCGCAAAGAAGCAGCAGAAGGCAUUCCAAAGAAUGUGCAAGAUUUCAGAGGCCACCCAGUCUAUGUUCUUGAGCGACACCUUAGGCACAAUGAGGUGAUACACCCCUUGAACCAGGUCGGCAAAGUCAACUGUGGCAGUGCUAUGAACCCCAAGAUGGAACCCAUCUACCGUCGCACAAACGUACAUCUGGUCCGAACAGCUGACAAAUGGUAUCGCAUGGGGCGAGACGUCAAAGUUGGCGAGCAGCCACUCAAGCGUGCGAAGCCGAAGAAAGGCAGAAGACCCUCAAUCGGUGCAGACAUGGACGUUGAUGAAGAAGCCGACGAGGUUGGUGCUGGUCUCUACGCGGAAUUUCAGACCGAGCUCUAUGUCCCUCCUCCAGUUGUCCGAGGUCGCGUGCCGCGCAAUGCCUACGGUAAUCUUGACCUCUACGUUCCGUCCAUGUGUCCGCCCGGUGGUACGCACAUUCGACAUAAGCUCGCAUCGAAAGCAGCGCGUAUCGUCGGUGUGGACUUUGCAGAUGCCGUGACUGGCUUUUCUUUCAAGGGUCGCCAUGGUACUGCAAUCAUACAAGGUGUCGUAGUUGCUCAAGAGUACGCAGAUGCUGUACAAGCGGCCAUUGACGGCAUGGAGUACCAACAAGAAGAAGCCGAGGCCGAAGCUCGUAGGACCGAGUCUCUGCGGCUAUGGAGACGCUUCUUCCUCGGUCUUCGCAUUGCACAACGGGUUAAUGCUAUUGAGAUUGAUGGCGAAAGAGGCCCGGCCUUUGACGUGCAAGACGAGAUUAGUAAAGAGGAUAGAGAGUUGGCGGCACAGGAGAUGGCAGGAGGCUUCUUCCCUGACGAAGGAGAUGUUGCAGAACCGUCAGGUCGUGGCUACCAGCCACCAGAGCAGGAUUAUGGAGAUGGUGGGUUCAUGCCGGAGGAUGACAACGACGAUGAUGGUAAUGGUGGUGGUGGUUUCAUUGCAGAAGAGAACGAUCGUGCGGGACCCAUCAGUCUGAAUCGACAUCAAAGCUUUGAAAGCUCCAUUCUGGAUUCACAACAGCUGCUUCCUCGCCGCAGAAGCAGCUAUGGUCAGAUCUAUUCUUCAGAAGAUGAUGAAGAAGAAGAAGGUGGAAGCUUCAUUCGUGAUGGUUCUAUAGACGAGGCCGGCCCUUCUACCGAUGCCAAAAAGUCUGAGAGCGGAGCUGCACAGCUUAAUGGCUCUGCGGAUGAUGCUGGAGGCUUCAUACCUGAAGAAGUACCAGUCACUAAUGAAGCAAGUCCAAAGGAAGAAGCUGGCACAAGAUCUACAAAGCAAGACGACGACAUGGAGUCUAAGCCGACAUCGAAUCCCAACUCCGACGCCGAGAUGCACUCCCCGCCCUCCUCAUCUCCAUCAGAAGCUGGGUCGCUCAUGAUGGAAGAUCCCGAAGAUGAAGACGCAGAUCCCGACUGGUUGGUCGAUGCUACGUAG